CGAUCCCGGAAGCGGAAACGGGGUGCCAUCUUGUUCCUGUUUCACAGUGUUUCUGGAGGAAAGGGUCAGAAUCUGAGAGACGAGAAAUCUCGGGAUACAUCAGAAUUAAACUCGGUGGAAAAAAAAAAACUUAAAAAACACCCAAAUAUCGGCUUGAUCUGUUCAUCCAGCGGGGAGAUGGCGGCCCGGUGCAGCUGAGAGCCGGGAGGGAUGGUCUCUCUGACUCGAUGUCUCCAGGGUGCCACUCAAACAACGUGAGAAAAAGAAAGAGCGAAACAGCCCUCCGGUAAAUCAAUUGCGAGUCACAAACCAGGCUGACCGCUGUGGAGAGAACGACAGAGCGAAGAGAACAAGAGGAACGGCCCGCAGUACAGGUGGAACGAGAGGGAGCGAGAGAGGGAAUACAAGGGGAACACACGAGAAACUGAGAGAAGAGAAGGAAACUAAAACAGAACAGAGAAGAAGAAAGGAAAUCUUCAGAAAGGACCAACAUUAGCCAUAGAUACUAACUGAAGAAGUAUUUUAAUAUAUUUAUUUACACAGAGAGAGACACACAGAGAGACACACACACACACACAGAUAGACAGACACACACAGAGACACAGAGACGCUCAGACAGACAGUCACCCCCUCUCUCUCACUCCUCUGUGUGUGUGUAACCCCCCUCGCUCCCCCCUCUCCUCGUUGCCAUGUCGACCUCCUCGCUGCGACGGCAGGUCAAGAACAUCGUCCACAACUACUCUGAGGCAGAGAUCAAGGUCCGUGAAGCCACCUCGAAUGACCCAUGGGGUCCGUCCAGCUCUCUCAUGUCCGAGAUCGCUGACCUCACCUACAACGUGGUGGCCUUCUCCGAGAUCAUGAGCAUGGUGUGGAAGAGACUGAACGACCAUGGCAAAAACUGGAGACACGUGUACAAGGCGAUGACUCUGAUGGAGUACCUCAUUAAGACUGGGUCGGAGCGCGUGGCUCAACAGUGCAGGGAGAAUAUCUACGCGGUGCAGACGCUGAAGGACUUCCAGUACAUCGACCGGGACGGGAAGGACCAGGGUGUGAACGUGCGCGAGAAAGCAAAGCAACUCGUAACGUUGCUGAAGGACGAGGAGAGGCUGAAAGAGGAGAGAGUGCACGCCCUGAAAACCAAGGAGAAGAUGGCAUCCUCUGCGCCGACGCUGUCCGGAGUCAGCGCGAGUGCCCCGUUGGCAGGGGGCGUGUCUGGAGGAGGGGGCGUGGCCGGGGGCGUGCCCGGAGACCCAGAGCAGGCGUGGCCUCAGAGCAGUGGAGAGGAAGAUCUGCAGCUUCAACUAGCACUGGCCAUGAGCAAAGAGGAGGCAGAACAGUUGUCGGCUCCGCCCCCUCGGACGGACGAUGAGCUGCAGUUGCGAGUGGCUCUCAGUUUGAGUCGCGAGGAGCAUGACAAGGAGGAGCGUUUGAGACGAGGUGAUGAUCUUCGUCUGCAGAUGGCCUUGGAGGAGAGCAAGAGAGAGAAAGCCAAGCCUGAGGAGUCCUCUCUGAUGGACCUGGCCAAUGUUUUCCCCGCCUCUGCAACCUCUGUGAGCCCAGCUGACCCCUGGGGGGGCGGAGCCACUCAGAGCCAGGCCAGCACGGACCCCUGGGGCUCCGGAGGGGUCGCGAUCUCUGCUGCUGACCCUUGGGGGUCGGGGGGUCAGCCGGUCCCAGCCAGCCACGCCCCCGCGACCUCCACUGACCCUUGGGGCGAGAGCGGGGGGGCUGUCAGCAAGGGGGACCCCUGGAGCUCCACAGCCGUGACCCCUCCUCCUCCCAGCUUGGACCCCUGGGGUACCCCCGCGAGCCCCCCCCAGAGAGACCCCUGGAGCUCAGAGACGCCCCCCAGUUCCGAUCCUUGGGGGGGUAGAGAGGGGCUGCAGCACAGCAACGGGACUGCAGACUCUGACCUGGGUGAGGCUCCGCCCCCUCUCUCCCUUUCUCCGGACUCGUUCGAUUUCUCCUCCAUCGGCUCCUCUCUCCCUCCCUCGGUCCCUGCCCGGAAAACUCCGGAGUCCUUCCUGGGUCCCAACGCCUCGCUGGUGGAUCUUGACUCGCUCGUCUCCCAGAAACCCAAAACCAGUGUGACCAGUGCUCCCAGUGCAGUCUCCGCUCCGGCCUCCAACCCAUUCCUCAACACUGGUGUCUCUACCAGCACCACCCCCCUUCCUUCCUCCCGAGGGGUCUCCCCCAACCCCUUCUCCUCCUCGCCCCCUCCCCCCUCCUCAUCCUCUCUCAACCUGAGCCAGUUAUCCCAGUUCAACCAGCAGCAGCAGCAACAGCUCCGCACCAGUCCCUUGCCUCCCCCCCUCUCCAUGGGAAUGGUUCAGCCUGGGGCCCCCCCUCUCUCCAUGGGAAUGGUUCAGCCCGGGGUUCCCCCUCUCUCUAUGGGAAUGGUUCAGCCUGGGUUCCCCUAUCCCACUGUCUCACCCCUAGGGGGUCCCGGGGGCCCCAUUCUGAUCGGGGCCCCUCAUAUGAUGAUGGGAAUGCCAGUGGGCCUGCCCCCUCCCAGUAUGACCAGUCUGCCCAGUAACAACCAGACCAGCACAGGAGGAGGAGCCAGCAGCACCAACCCAUUCCUGCUGUGAGAGGGAGAGGGACUCAUGUUUAAAAUCAUUCUCCUGCAAUGUAACGUUCGGUCUCUAUUUAGGGUUCUGAACCCAGGUUAUUGUCUUUACACUCGAUUGCACUGAAUUCAGAAACACAAGAAAUUCAGCGACUAGCGUUUCCACUGCAAGUCUUUCUCAGUGUCGUCAGUGGAAACGUUAGUCAUUGAAUUCACACUGAAGACACUCAGAAAGCCUUGUAGUGAAAACGUUAGUCAUUGAAUUGAUUAGUUACGUUUGUUUCAGUGUUGUAUAAAUUCAGUUCGAUCGAGUGUUUAAUAGUUCUAGAUGGAAUAAGAGUCUGGAUGAUUCAAUAUAGUGUGCAGUGUGCUGAAUGAAAUGCAACACAGGAGAUAACGGGGUGUGUGUGUCUGUCCCUCCGUGUGUGUGUGUGUGUGUGUCUGUCUGUCUGUCUCCCUGUGUGUGUGUCUGUCUGUCUCCCUGUGUGUGUGUGUGUCUGUGUGUGUGUGUGUGUGUCUGUCUGUCUCCCUGUGUGUGUGUGUGUGUGUGUCUGUCUGUCUGUCUGUCUCCCUGUGUGUGUGUGUGUCUGUGUGUGUGUGUGUCUGUUUGCCUGUGUAUCAGUGUGUGUGCGCGUCUCCCUCCCUGUGUGUGUGUGUGUGUGUGUCUGUCUGUCUGUCUGUCUCCCUCCCUGUGUGUGUGUGUCUGUUUGCCUGUGUAUCAGUGUGUGUGUGCGCGUCUCCCUCCCUGUGUGUGUGUGUGUGUGUGUCUGUCUGUCUGUAAGUGUGUGUGUGUCUGUCUGUCUGUCAGUGUGUCUGUCUGCCUGUGUGUGUGUGUAUGUGUCUGUCUGUCAGUGUGUCUGUCUGCCUGUCAACAGACUGUUUGAGAAACUCCUCCACACUGUACAUAACAAAUCAGAGCAUUACUGUCCCCCCUCCCCCCUCCUCUCUCUCUCUCUCUCUAGUUUCAGUAAGCUCUGAGUUGCCUCCUCAUCUCCCUGCCUGCUGUGCUGCCAAACUCUCUAAUACAACCUUUUCAAAACGCAUUCGGUCUCCCCAUCGCAUUUUACUCAAUUCCAGUUGUGAGCAGACGCCUCUACAGCCUGUCAGACAGGUGUGCCACUGGCUGUUAAAGUGUACGAGGGCGAUUUUAAAAUGAUCAUUCAAACCACAACGAGCAUGCGAGAAACGUGUUCACUGAAGUGUUACCCCACAUUCUCAACUCUCCUGUCAUCCCAGUGUUGGUCCAUCUGGGAAUUGCUCCCAGAAGAAGUGUGUCUAUUUUUAUUUGUAUUCUGGGGGGGGGGAGGGGUCUUGAUUACCCACAACCCCCUGCUCUCCCUGUAUGUCUUUCUGUGUGUCGUGAUCGUUGCUGUUUUCUGAAUCUUUGUGCAAAAAAAAAUGAAUUUAAAAUAAAAGGAAUAUAUAGCUGAGAAAAUAAACUGUAAAUAUGAGCUCAAUUAAACAAAUAAUAUUGAUACUAGAAAGGGGAGAGGAGAACGGGGUUUGCCAAAACUGAUCAAAUUAAAACAAGAAAAGAAAAAAAAAAUCACACUGUUUCUUUUAACUUCGUUUAAAAUACUGUUUGGGUGAAAACAAGAAAAUUAAUGAGAGAGUGGCGCCAUCUGCUGGACAUCUCCACGCAUUGCACAUAAAUUAUUGCUUUUAUUUUUUUUAUUAUUUUGAAUGGUUUCUUGUUGCUGUAGUUGUUUUUUUUUUUUUUUUGGCAAACUGUUUUCUCCAGGAUGGAAGUAUUGGGUUAUUAAGAGACACUAUGAAAUGUUUUUAAACGUCUAAAAUGAAAACAAACAAAAAGGAUUAUUAAAUCAAUAAAAAUAAUAAUAAUAAUCAAA